GGCGCAGUUUGGGCACACGUCAUUUAGGGGUCCUCGGAGCAGCGUUGUUAGCAACAUGAUGGCGGUGUCCGCUCGAGCUCAGGUGAUCUCUCUGUACAAGUUGCUGUUGAAGGAGAGCAGCAAGUUCCCGUCCUACAACUACAGGACCUAUGCAAUGCGGCGAGUGCGUGAUGCCUUCAGGGCCAACAAGAAUAUAGAGGAUCCAAAGACGGUGGAGAGGCUGAUGUUGGAGGGACAGCAGUCACUGGCACUGAUACAGAGACAGGUCUCCGUGGGGAAGAUGUACGAGGCCCAGAAGAUCGUGGUGGAGUAUUAACCCUCUGCAGGAGGACUUGUCCCAGCAAACGACAGGAUGUGAUGUCACCAACCCCCCGCCCCCCCGCAUCACUGCCGACAACCAAUCAGCUUCUUCCUCCCGGACACUGUUGUUUAGUUUGACAGAACCAUCGCUGGGUGGAGGUGGACGUGUGUGAGAUGCAUUGUGGGAGUAAAGCUGUGAAAUACCUGAAGUUUGUCUGGAGUUUAGGCUUUGAAUUGUUUUUUUUUUUUUUUUUUUAGGGAUGCACCAAUCAGACGUCACCGAGCUGUUUCUCAUUAUUGAUUUUGUAACAGAGUGAUCAGUGACUCAACAUCUCGCCUCACGUGUUCAAACUGUCUGACUCAUCGGUUCCCAAACGUUUUCUCCUUUAAAAUGAAGCCACCGCUCUACCCGAGAAUCAUUUUCACUUUCAAAUUAUCUGCCGAUUUCUUUCUUGAUUGAUCAUUUCGUCUAUAAAAACUGUAACAGAAUCAGUUUCCCAAAGUUCACAUGUUCUGAUGGUUUUAGUCUGUUGGAACCAGUGAAAGUUUGAAAGUUUGUCACAGACUUUGACCAAAGAUGAUUUAAUUUUUUUAGUGUUUUUCGUGCCCUGAAGUCUGAGACCGUCACAUGUUCAGCAGCUGUGACUCUGAGAAACGCUGCUGAUGUUUUUGCUUGUUUGUUGCCAAAUGUUUUUUUUACAGGAAAUCAAAUUUCCACUGAAAGCAAAACGCUACGUUGUUGUAGCGCGCUGGUCGAGGUGUCUGCUGGUGCGUAAAUACAUCCAGAGUCUGCGUGUCGAGGUUCAGACGUCGUCCUCGUUUGUUUCUAUAUUAAAACAACAAAACAGCUGAUUCCAACACAACAAUUUACAGCGAGACAAAGGUGGCAGAUAUCUGCGUUUAACUCUAAACAAGCUGUCAACAAGCCGUCCGCCCUUGUUGUUGUUGUUGUUGUUGUUGUUGUUGUUGUUGUGCUGCGCUACUGUCACCAUCAUAUGACGUUUGUACAAAGCUCCGUUUACCUCGAACACACAGAUUUACACAGAAACACACACUGAUGUAAUCUGGACGGAAACAGAAAGAAGAAGAAGAAGAAGCUGCGUUGACCAGUUUCACCAGUGAAGUUUACCAGUAUAGCGUCUCGGUGUGGACGUGGUCUCAGAUAAACACGUCCUGUCUCCUGCUUAAAGUCACCGUUGAGUCUUUCUCAACAUCAAACCAAGACUCAACUUAACGGUGAAAAGUUUAAUAACUCUGUAGAUGAAACACGUUCAGCAUCAACGUUUUGCUUUCGUUUCAAAUCUCGGUGUGUUUGAGUCUCGUUAUCUGGACAAAAUGAUCAUCACA